AACUGCAUCUGUUGGAUCGUUAUGAGCGUAUUUGUUAAAAGCGAGACCAAACACACAUCUGGCACACAUAGACCCAUUUGUUUUCGCUGCAUGUGUGGCGUAUAGCCCAUCCACGAAGUUUUCUUAACAUGUUUCAACACCUUUUGCGCACAGCCUCCGGCUGUAAAAGUUUGUUGGGGAGAAGACUUGUUACAGUUGCACUUCUUGUGUACCUGGUGGGUACUGUCUUGCCACUCGGGGCAGCUAGUUCCCCCGAUAUCAGCGCCAGGGAUGCCAACAGUGACCCCAACCAGCAUGACGCCGGCCAGGACCAACACGACCAUGGCCACCACAACUCGUCUGGAGGAGGCGGGAAGGCCUUCCCCGUGCUCUCUUUCGACUUCGAGCGCAUUAAGAUGCCCUUUGAGAUAUCCCUAUGGGUACUAUUGGCUUCCUUGAUGAAGUUGGGUUUCCACCUGACUCCACGUAUCUCCAACAUCGUGCCGGAGAGCUGUCUGCUGAUCGUGGUGGGCCUCCUGGUGGGCGGGCUCAUCAAGGUGGUGGGCCAGACUCCGCCCGUAUUGGACAGCGAGCUCUUCUUCCUGUGCCUGCUGCCGCCAAUCAUCCUGGAUGCGGGCUACUUCCUGCCCAUCCGCCCAUUCACAGAGAACCUGGGCACCAUCCUCAUUUUCGCCGUGGUGGGCACGCUAUGGAACACCUUCUUCAUCGGAGGACUGCUGUAUGGCAUAUGCCAACUUGAACAGACGCACCUGGGCCAGGUAGACCUGUUGGCGUGUCUGCUCUUCGCCUCCAUCAUCUCGGCUGUGGACCCGGUGGCCGUGUUGGCUGUCUUUGAGGAGAUACACAUCAACGAGCUGCUGCACAUCCUGGUGUUCGGGGAAUCACUGCUCAACGACGCUGUCACUGUGGUGCUUUACCACUUGUUUGAGGAGUUUGCCGGUAAGGGCCAGGUGACGGUAGUGGAUGUUCUGUUGGGCGUCGUGUGUUUCCUGGUGGUGGCACUAGGGGGCGUGAUGGUGGGGGCCAUCUACGGCAUCCUAGCAGCCUUCACCUCGCGCUUCACCUCGCACACCCGCGUCAUCGAGCCCCUCUUCGUCUUCCUCUACAGCUACAUGGCCUACCUGUCGGCCGAGGUCUUCCAUCUGUCCGGCAUCAUGGCGCUGAUAGCAUGCGGUGUGGUGAUGCGGCCAUACGUGGAGGCCAACAUAUCCCACAAGUCCCACACCACCAUUAAAUACUUCCUGAAGAUGUGGAGCAGCGUCAGCGACACCCUGAUAUUCAUAUUCCUGGGCGUGUCCACGGUUGCCGGGAACCACCACUGGAACUGGACCUUUGUCACUGCAACGGUCAUCCUGACUCUCGUGGCAAGGGUGCUUGGUGUGGUGGGCCUGACCUUUAUCAUCAACAAGUUCCGCAUCGUCAAGCUCACCACCAAGGACCAGUUCAUCAUCGCCUACGGUGGCCUGCGAGGCGCGAUCGCUUUCUCGCUGGGCUACCUGCUGGACCCAGUGCACUUCCCCAUGAGAGACAUGUUCCUCACCGCCAUCAUCACCGUCAUCUUCUUCACCGUGUUUGUGCAGGGCAUGACCAUUAGGCCCCUGGUGGAUCUACUGGCUGUGAAGAAGAAGCAAGAGACCAAACGCUCCAUCAACGAGGAGAUACACACACAGUUCCUGGACCACCUUCUGACUGGCAUAGAGGACAUUUGUGGGCAUUACGGACACCACCACUGGAAGGAUAAGAUGAACCGCUUCAAUAAGAAAUACGUGAAGAAGUGUUUGAUCGCGGGUGAGCGGUCGAAGGAGCCGCAGCUGAUCGCCUUCUACCACAAGAUGGAGAUGAAGCAGGCCAUAGAGCUGGUGGAGAGCGGCGGGGGCGUCAAGGCACCAGCAGCGAUGCCCUCUACCGUCUCCAUGCAGAACAUCCAGCCUAAGAAGCAGCCAGAGCGCGCUCUCCCCCAGCUGCCUAAAGGUCGAGAGGAGGAGAUCCGCCAGAUCCUGCGGACCAACCUGCAGAGGACACGCCAGAGGCUCCAGUCCUAUAACCGUCACACGCUGGUGGCGGACCCCUAUGAGGACCGCUGGAAGGAGAUCCUGAUGAAGAGGAAGAAGGUGAUUGAGCUGGAGAAUAAGAUCACCGCGAUGAGCAAUUACCUCACUGUGCCCGCCCCUGCUCCGGAUUCUCCCACCAUGUCCAGGGCCAGACUCACCUCUGACCCCCAGGCCUGGAGCAUCAAGCCAGAUGUGGACAAUGUUCCCGCUAUAAAGGUGGACCUGGCCUCCCCCCAGUCUCCUCCCGACACUAUCAACAUCACGGACGAGUUCGGCAAACGUUCCGCUGCGCCGCCCCCCACCACCGCUGAUGGAGAUGAAGACGGAGGCCUAGUGAUGAAGCCCCCGCCCCCCUCGCUGUCCGUCACCACGGCAACCUGGAAGAAAGGAGGAGGAGGAGAGGAGGGCAAAGAGGAGCCGCAGCAGAGACUGAUGCGGUGCCUCAGCGACCCGGGACCGAGCGGUGAGGAGGAGGAGGAGGACGAGCCGUUCUUACCAUGAAGAGGAGGAGGAGAUGGAAAGGAGGAAGAGGGGAAUGUAGCCCAUGAGGAGGAUGAAGAGGAGGAAAAGGAGUAGGGGGGUGAGGAAGAGGACUGGGGGGCGAGAGAGUUGUGGAAGGAGGAAGAGGUGGACUAAGGAGGAGAAUGAACCCCUCUUAUCAUGAGGACGCAGAAAGAGUACCAUGAGGAGGAAGACCUGGGGGAGGUUGAGGAGGAGGAGGAGGAGGAGGAGCAGGACGAGCCUCCCCAUCUGUGAAAAGAAGGAAGACAGGAGGGGAAAGA